GCUUUACAGAAUCGCUUCAGUAUUUUCAACUUGAAUCUUAUUUCAAUUUCCUUAAUUUCUUCAUCAAGUUACUGUGUAAUAUUGCUUUUAAUUUAAAAUCUCUGUGCAUUCCGGAAAACAGAAAAAAAUUCUUAUUGGAAAUAGAAACUUUUCUACGUAAAUUCGGCCCUGUUUAGAUGUUUACGUGAUUUUCUUCACUUUGCGUAUUUUUUUGUUCAGAGAAAACAGAAAAAGAAAUAAAAUUUAUCAAAUUGAUUUUUAUUGUAAAAUCCUGCUGAUAUUAGGAAAAAAUGUCAAGCCCAAGAAUAAUGGUCUUUCGACCAACAUGGGAAGAGUUUCAAAACUUCCCAGAAUACAUUAAAUAUAUGGAAAAAUGUGGAGCGCACCUAGCAGGAUUAGCGAAAAUUAUUCCUCCAGCUGAAUGGAUUCCAAGGAAAUCAGGAUACAGUUUAGAUGAUAUAAACAUCACAAUAAAAAGCCCGAUUCUUCAAUUUGUCACGGGAAAACAAGGAUUUUAUCAGCAAUUCAAUGUUCAAAAAAAGCCUAUGACUGUGAAAGAAUAUUAUAAAAAAGCUUCAUCAGAACGCUACUCAACGCCAAAAUACUUUGAUUAUGAAGACUUGGAGAGGAAGUUUUGGAAGAAUGUGACUUACAUUCAACCAAUUUAUGGUGCUGAUGUCAGUGGAACUCUCACAGAUGAAGAUGUGACAAGUUUCAAUAUAAAUAGACUGGGAUCAAUUUUAGAUUAUGUGGAGAAAGACUAUCACAAAGCCAUUUCAGGUGUUAAUACAAGUUACUUAUACUUUGGAAUGUGGAAGACAACAUUUGCAUGGCACACAGAAGAUAUGGACUUAUAUUCGAUUAAUUAUCUUCAUUUUGGUGCACCAAAGACAUGGUACGCAAUUCCACCGUCAGAUGGUCGAAAGAUUGAAAAACUUGCGAAUAUGACAUUUCGUGAACAUUAUAAUGAAUGCUCAGCGUUUCUGCGUCACAAGAUGACACUAAUAAGUCCGCAAGUUCUAAAGCAACAUAAUAUUCCGUUCAACAAAAUUACGCAAGAGCCUGGGGAGAUUAUGAUCACAUUUCCAUUCGGUUAUCAUGCCGGAUUCAAUCAUGGGUUCAACUGUGCCGAAAGCACAAACUUUGCAUCAGAGAGAUGGAUUGAAUAUGGCAAAAGAGCUUCACAAUGUCACUGCCGAAAAGAUAUGGUGAAGAUUUCAAUGGAAACUUUCGUCAGACGAUUUCAACCAGAACGUUAUGAAAAUUGGCUUAAUGGAAAAGAUUUCGGGUGUCAUCCGGAAGAGCCGGGAAAAGUUUGUGCAGCACCAAUGCCAAUUCUUAAUAAAAAGCUUAUGAUGGAAAUACAGAAACGUGGAUGUGCGCCGAUAAAAAUGAAGAAAAAAAGGAAAUCGAAAUUAAAGAGUGAUAGUGACAGCGAAGUAAACAAUGAUUGCAAAAUUCCUAAGAAAGAAAUCCCAUCAACCUCACCUGCGUCUUGUUCAUCAUCACCAACUUCUUCAUCUGCUGAUCAAUCUCCGAUAAAAAUUGAGAAAGAAGACAACGAUUGCUGGUAUCAGCUUGAAGAUGGUGGUGAAAUUAAAGAUCUCUUGCCAGCCGGAAUGAUCAAAAAUUCAUCCAAACUGCGAUUUGAUGUCAAAGAAAUUUCAUUAAGUGAAGAUUUAUAA